CGGCAUGUCCUGAGGCGGCGGCGGCGGCGGCGCGGAGCCGGGCCCGCAGCCGGGCCGCAGCACGGAGGGCUCGGUGGAGCAGCGGGCCAAGGGCCGGGCCCCGGCCCCCAUGAAGGACAAGGAGGCGGGGGCGGAGCGGGGCAAGCCCGCCACUUACACCGGCGAGAAGAAGGCGCGCAUGGCGGCCAAGACCAACAAGAAGUGGGUGCGCCUGGCCACCGUGCUGGCCUACGUCCUCUCCGUGUCGCUGGCCGCCAUCGUCCUCGCCGUCUACUACAGCCUCAUCUGGCAGCCGGUGCGCGGCGGCUCCGGCCCCGCCGCCGCCACCGCCUCGCAGCCCCGCGCCGCGCCGCCGGGCCCCGCCGCCAGCCCCGCGCCCGGCCCCCCGCGGGACGCGCCGCCGCCGAGACCCGCACCCGGCCCCGGCCCCACGGACAUGGACUCGGAGCGUCCGGACGCGUCGCCGCCGCCGCCGCCCGGGGCCGAGGCGGGCGCUGCGGGCGGCCCCUGAGGCGGGGCAGGGCUCGGCCAGGCCGGGCGGACGGGGCUGGAGGCCGGCGGUGGCGGGCGGCACCGGGACCCCCGUGGCGGAGGAGCCCCGAAGAGCUCGGGCCGGGACUGUGCGCACCGGGCGGACUGCGGUAUCUCCUUCCCCCCCCGUUUUUCCUCAGCAGGGAAUUCUGUGGCUUCGGUUUUCCCCUCACCAGGGCUAGCGUCUCCCGUGGAACCCGCAUCGAAUUCCUGCGUUAUUUAUGCCCGUCUGUUACCUAGGAAGGGAUCUCGGGGUCCGGAGCUCCUCGCUGUUGACGGGAUCAGCUGGGAACAAUGCGACUUUAGAGGCUGUAACCCAUUGUUUGAGUAACCCCCGUUUUGUUUAACAACGAGCAUAAACUUAUUUAAAACCAUGUGGCAGGUAAAUUGACUUGUUUACUAUAUUAAAGUAUUUUCCCAAUAUGAAA